AUGGUUUUGCGCAUUGUUCCAUAUAUUGUCACAGGCAAAGUGGAUAUUUCAAAGAUACUGGGGACGCCAGAGGAUGAGGAGAAGAAUACGAUAAGAAUAAAGGAAAUAAUAACACCAGCAACAAUCCCAACAAUCCAGACAGGAAUCAGAAAAGCGUACAGCGAAGGUUUCAAAUCCCCAAUUAUCGAAAUGGGCAUCCCAAAUUCAUCAGUAGAGGAGUGGACGUACCAGCCAGCACCACAGGAUCAGAUUUCCAUUCAACAACAACAACAACAAUCGACAGUGCCGUCAAAGCGCGGCAAGAGUUCUCCCACGGGAAAAGACCGCAUCAAGAAGCAGUCGAAGUGGUCAGCCGACGAAGAUGCGCUGAUCACCAUACUUCGAGGCAAGGGGAUGAAGUGGGAAGACAUCAGCAAGAGACUUCCAAACAGAAGUCCAAUAAGCUGUCGUCUCCAUUAUCAAAACUACCUCGAAAGGAGGAGCGAGUGGGAUGAAGACAAGAAGAACAAACUUGCCCGCUUAUAUGAAAGGUUCAAAGCAGAUAUGUGGGCUAAAAUCGCCGAGGAGAUGGCAAUCCCAUGGCGAGCGGCCGAAGCCAUGCACUGGCAGAUAGGCGAACGUGGCAUGGCUCAACGAGCAGGUGUCACUCCAUUCACAUUUUCUAACGUCGCAACCUCGCCUCCCCAGAGAGUGCGAAGGGCCAGCCAGCCGACAAUAGGCGCAACACGACGAGACUAUCCUUCUCAAGUCACCCAGCUGCCUUCUGUCGCCGAACUCACUGCAGGCAUUCCAGCAUACGCAACACACCCAUCUGCUGGAAUGCACACAACAUCACCACCUCGCUCCCCACCGAGCCCUUCCACACUUGAGGCAUAUCGAACAAACCCAAGACCGCACGAGAGGAGAAUAUAA